GCAGAUCCAUCUAAACUUACUUGUGAGAUCUUCUUGAGACAGUUGACACCCUGGGCACAUGGAUCCCUGGCUCCUGCCUGCCCCCUGCUCUCACCCUGCUGGACACUGAUCUCCUGCCUACAUCAGUCCUGGGCUCCCACAUUCUGCACCUCAAGAUUUCCAUAUUUCUUUCGCUGAGGUGAUUUGCUGUCACUAUGGGGAUAAAGACGGCAUUACCGCACUAUGAGCUCGGGUUCUACGCUCUGGUCCUGACCUGCGCUCUUGUGUACUCCCUGAAUGGAAUAUUUGAAGCGUCUCGAGAUAACAUGAAUCGGAAGACAUUCAAAGAAAAUGUGAGAUCCGGCUGGUAUUACUUUGGGAGGAAAAUGGACGUCGCGGACUUCGAGUGGGUCAUGUGGUUCACCACCUUCAGAAAUUACAUCAUUUUUGCCCUUAGUGGACACGUCAUCUUCGCCAAGAUGUUCUCCCUCCUCAUCCCUCAGCACAGGUCCUGGGUUUACAUGCUCUAUGGGAUGUUGACUGUCCUGACGAUCAUGGGUAGUAACUACCUGAUGCUGAUCCUGUCGCACUGCGUCAUCCUCUACACCGUGUCGCUGGUAAAACAGAAGUGGCUCUGCUUUGUCGCCGGGCUGUGCAGUCUCGCAACCUUCAAAGUGGAACCUUUCAGCUCUUGGCAAAACGGUUUUGUCUCGGGGACCUUCAGCCUCCAGGAAAUCCUCUUCUACGGGGGCAGCGGCUUCACCAUCCUGCGCUGCAUGAGCUUCGCCCUGGAGACCUGCGACAGAAAAGAGGGGUUUUACUCCCCCACCCAACUCCUCAAGUACAACUUCUACCUCCCGUUCUUCUUUUUCGGACCCAUUAUGACCUUUGACCGGUUUAAUGAGCAGGUGCACACCAGGGCCGUGACCCGUAAAGAGAACGAGAUGUGGAACAUCCGCGUCCAGGCCGUGAGCCACAUGCUGGUCAUACUCCUCGUGGACGUCUUCUUCCACUUCCUCUACAUUCUCUCCAUACCGUCAGACUUGAAGUUGCUGAAGAAAGUGUCGGACUGGUCUCUGGCCGGACUGGCAUACUCUAACCUAGUCUAUGAUUGGGUGAAAGCCGCCGUGAUGUUUGGGGUUAUAAACAUCAUCUCCAGACUGGACCACCUCGACCCACCUCAGCCACCCAAGUGUAUCACCAUGCUCUACGUCUUCGCGGAAACGCACUUUGACAGAGGGAUCAAUGACUGGCUCUGCAAGUAUGUCUAUGACUAUCUAGGAGAAGAUCAUGAUAAUAUAAAGAAGGAGCUACUGGCCACUAUCUACACAUUCUUAGUAACCACCUUGUGGCUUGGGCCAUGUGAAAUUGUCUAUAUCUGGUCUGUCUGCAACUGCUUUGGACUGAAUUUUGAGUUAUGGGUCCAAAAGUUUUUUCAGCUGAAACCAUUUGCAAGCCUGGAGGCUAAGCUGCCGGAGUCCAUGUCCAGAAGAAUUAGGGGUAUUUUCGGAGCCGCAAACUUCUGGGCUAUUAUUUUAUAUAACGUCUUAGCUCUCAACAGUCUGGAGUUUGCUUUGCUGGUGGCGAAGAGGAUCCUCAUCACAGGCUUCCCAGGCAGCACCCUGUCCAUCUGGUUUGUGACGUACUGCGGAGUUCAGCUCAUCAAGGAGAGGGAGCGAGUUCUGGCCAUAGAGGAGGAAGAAGAACGAGAAGCUGAAAGCUGCCUGACCCCAGAACCAGAGACCCCCCGACCUCAAACCCGCCUAUAGAUCAGCGCUACAGGCCGCUCCGGAGCCACAAACCGCCGCCUAGAGCCAAUAAAUAUUUUAUAUAGG